UAAAACACAUCUUCACCUGUGGCAUAUUCAUUAAUUUGUGCUCCUUGUAGUGCACUUGUAAUUGUUGUGGUAUUUGCCCAUCCAAAUGUGCCACAUGAAAACCAUCAAACAGGAGUCAGUGUGGUGGCUUUAGUAAAGCAAAGAAGCAUCCCAUUGCCUCACAAGCCUUUUGGAAAGUUAGCUCCUCCUACACAUACCUAAAUCAAACCAUGUGGAUCAUCUUCCAAAAGUGCAUCCUCCGCCUCCCUAUUUAACCCUCCUAUUGCAUACAUAUGUGUUCUGUCGGAUGAGAAUUCUUUCAGCAAUUCCUUCCUACCUCCUCACAACAUUCUCCACGCAGAUCUGAAACCACCCUCAAGUAUCUAUGUUCUAUAGCCACAGCUUCGCUUGAUUCAUAUGGAUCCCAUCAGAAUAGAGAAGUUUCAAGCCAUGAAGCGAUGCAGAAGAAGGAAACAGUGCUUCAUCCCAAGGCUCAUCCAAUACUUGCUAACAGUCUCAUCCCUUGGCUUGCUCCUCUCGUGCCCCUUAUGGCUUCAUCCUGUGUGCUCGUGUCUCAGCCUCUUCUUCUCCGUGUCUCUUCCCAGCAUGGCGGCAGUCAUGUUGAGUCCCAAAUGCCUUUUCGUAGUGUGUAACGUCAUUGUCGUCUUCCUCAUCGGGGAGUCCAAGUUGUCGAGGUCCUACCAGUCAGCAGAUAUCUACGAGGAGUACAUGAAGAGUAAGGUGAAACUCGAACGGCAGGCCGAGGACGAAAGCAAGAAGGGACAUGUGACGGACAGGGCUUUGGAUGAAGAAGAUGACAGCGGAGGAGGAGAAGGAGAAGGAAUGGUGGCUGGGUACGAAGACCUGGAUGGAGAAGAAGAGAAGGACUCAAGUGAGAUAGACAAGAAAGCGACGGACUUCAUAGCAAGGGUCAAUUGGCAGAGGCGGCUUGAAGCAAGAAGUCUACUUCACUAAACAUGGAAGAGUAGAAGUUACUACUGUGAACUCUUUCUUCUUAAGCUAAAGAUUUCCAAAAGGUUAAUAGAGUUUAAACUAUAUAUAUAUAUAUAUA